AGCGUGGGCUCAGAGCAGGAGAGGUGGACAUAGGAUUUCUGGCCGUUUGGCCUAUUUGGCCUAAACGACAUGAACUGUGGCGGUUGCUUCGCCGCCUUCUUUGGACAGGAUAUCCCCAAGGCUUUGCCGGAUGACAAGAAGCCGGGCGGCAGUCCCUCGUCCAAGGGUGGUGGCCAAGGCUCUGUCCGAGACCAUUACAUCACCGAGAACAAAGCGCUCGGUGCCGGCUCCUAUGGCACAGUCUGUAAGGCCAAGCAUAAGAAAACUGGGUCUGUGCGCGCGCUGAAGACGAUCUGCAAGACAGCGGGAGGUUCCAGCUCGAAGGUUCUGGAGCGCUUCUACUGUGAGAUCGACAUCAUGAAGCGCUUGGACCAUCCUGGUAUCAUCAAGCUCUAUGAGACAUUUGAGGACAAGCGAAACCUCUACUUGAUCAUGGAGAUGUGUUCAGGUGGUGAGCUCUUCGACCGCAUCGUGGAGGCGGGGCAUUUCACCGAGUCCCAGGCCGCCAUCGUCAUGAAGCAGAUGAUUAGUGCCAUCUACUACCUGCACAUCAACAAAAUUUGCCAUCGUGACCUGAAGCCUGAGAACUUUUUGUUUCAUACGAAGGAGAAGAUCGAGACAAAUCUCCUGAAACUGAUCGACUUCGGUCUCGCGACGGAUUUUAAGCCCAACGAAGCCAUGAAGACGAAGUCUGGAACUCCAUACUAUGUGGCACCGCAAGUCCUAGCAGGGAGCUACAAUGAGCUUUGUGACAUUUGGAGCUGCGGGGUCAUCAUGUAUGUGCUGCUUUGUGGCUACCCUCCAUUCCUGGCAGACACAGAUCCCCAGGUUUUGGCAUUGGUCCGAAGGGGGCAUUUCACCUUCCCAGCAGAGGACUGGAGCCAGGUGUCAGAUGAUGCCAAAAACCUUAUCACCAAGUUGCUCGCCAUGAAGCCUGCAGAGCGCUUCACGGCUGAGCAGGCCUUGAACCACAUCUGGAUCAAGGAGAAAGCCCCGCACUCCAGGAAAGAGCCGCUGAACACCACCUCAGUCAGCAACCUGAAGAACUUUAGAUCUACCAACAGGUUCAAGAAGAUGGCCCUGCAGGUCAUCGCGACUCAGCUGAGCGAAGAUAAGAUUGAGAACUUGCGGAAGCAGUUCCUUGCUCUUGAUAGCAACGGGGAUGGCAUGCUCAGCAUCAAGGAAAUCAGUGAUGGCCUGAAAGCGGCAGGAAUGAAGGACAAUGAUUUGAAGCAUAUCUUGGCGGGAGUGGACUUUGAUGGGAGUGGGAGCAUUGAAUACAAGGAGUUUUUGGCGGCCACUCUCGACAAGAAGCAUUACCUGCAGGAGGAUGCUCUCUGGUCAGCAUUCUGCGUCUUUGACCGGAAUGGCGAUGGGAAGAUCUGUAUGGAUGAGCUGAGACACGUGCUGCAAGACAAUAGUGUCGGUGAUCUCAUACCAGGAAAGCAAUCAGUUGAAGAGAUCAUGAAAGAGAUCGACGUGGACGGCUCUGGUGAGAUCGAGUUUGACGAGUUUGUGCAGAUGAUGAGGAAAAGCUGAGGGGUGGGUGACACUCUUGGUGUGAUUUUGCAAGCCCGUUAGAGUGAGCCCAUC